AUGACAGAGCGUUUUCAACAAUAUUUGGGAGAUGCAAGUGCUGGGAAAGCCAAGAUUGUUGCGGGGGAUGACAAGUGGGACGCCAAUAGAGGUUUAUGUGGCGCUUGGUGUGUUGGUUUUAGAGUUAAAGUGAAGAGCCAUGGAAACGUAAGCUUAUCACAUUCAUUGCAAACCCCAAACUUCAAAUGGGAGGAUCAAAUGAUCAAGAGGGUGUUUUUGUUCAGUGACAUGGAAUUCGAUCAAGCUUCCUCCAAUCGUUGGGAAAUAGACUAUCAAGUGAUUGUGAGGAAGUUUGCCAAGAAAGGCUAUGGUUAUGUGAUUCCAGAGAAUGUGUUCUGGAAUUUGAGAGUUUCAAGAGCUACUCCAGUACCAGGGACACAAAAAGGUGUUGCACUAAAUUUGAUGAAGUUGUUUUUGGAUGGUGAAGGUGAUAUAAGACCUGAGGCUGUGAUGGAAGAGGCCAUAUCUGGGGAAAAAAUUGUAUAUAAUUACUGGCAAGUGGCAGGACGGAAAGUGGGGUCAUUGAGUGAUCAGGUGCCAGAUGGAAAUCAACAACGCGAAGCAUUCCCUUAA